GUGGGGGGAGGCGGAGGAGCUGUGAGUUCCUCCUGUGAAGGCAAUGGCUGCCGUCGCUCCUUUAAGGGCUUGGGCGAGGACCAUCAUUCGAUCUUCUUCUUCGUCAUCUUUUGUCCGACUACCAUCCUCUGCUCGGUUUGUCAGUUCCGACUCGACGGCACGUCUUGGCCUGAGGUUCCCAGAGCCUGAGCCGGCAGACACGGAAACGCCGGCGAAUAAGAGCAGAAAUGAGAAGAAGAGGGAGGCGAAGCGUGCAGUCAAGUGGGGGAUGGACCUCGCGCAACUCCCACCUCCCCAGAUCAAGCUGAUACUGAAGGCUGCUGCGCUUGAACAAGAGGUUUUUGAAGCGCUGAUGCUGGCGAAGAGACUAGGGCCGGAUGUGAGAGAAGGGAAGAGGAGACAAUUUAAUUAUAUAGGAAGACUAUUGCGGGAUGCCCAGCCUGAAUUGAUGGAUGCUCUCAUUCAGGCUUCAAAAGAUGGUGAUACUGGUAGAUUGCAAUCCUUGUGUGGCAAACAGACAUGGCCCAUGAAUCCAGAAGCGGAUGUGGAAUUUGAAGAUGACGACCUUCAAGAGGCAUGUGAUGACUACUUGGAGAUAGCAGAUAGAUGGUUUGUGGGACUGGUAGACAAGGACUCUUCAAUUACAAAUGAGGUGUAUUCACUCCAUAGUGUGGACUUUGAUAGACAGGAGUUGAGAAAGCUUGUUCGAAGAGUACAAUCUAUUCAAUCAAACCAGCUAAGGGAAGAAAAUAUGGAAGGUCCUGAUGAAUCCUUGGCUGGUGCAAAGACUUUGCUGAGUCGCUUCCUCCGUUCUCUUGCAAAGAAGUCUUUGACCAUGUAGUUUUUAACUCUUUCGUUUGUUUUCUAUUAUAUUGUAACAUGGCCAUUAUUCAGGUCGAUCUCUAACUAAUCUUAAAUUGAAAACACAGAUGAAAAAGAAGCAUAGCAUAUUUGCUGCCUUGGUUCGACUCUUA